AUGCCUCGGGGAGCAUCUGCAACUGCUUCGUACUCAUCCACGCCAACAAGCGAGGAUCCCUAUUUGUAUCAAGUGGGCUUUGGAAACCGGUUCGCAUCGGAAGCAAUCCCUGGCACGUUGCCAAGAGCUUGCAAUACCCCCCAAAGAUGCAAAUACGACCUCGUAUCCGAACAGCUUAAUGGCACGCCUUUUGUAUCUUCACGAGCAUCCCUGCUCAACGCGUGGUUUUAUCGAAUUCGACCAUCGGUGGUUCACAGAAAACUAAACCCACUACCGAAAAACUCGGACAUCGAAGCUAACUUCUCACCCGGCAAUGAGAAGGUCACUUUUACCCCACAGGAUAUGGCAUGGGAUGCAUUUGAUAUUCCCGAAUCACCCAACUCGGUCGAUUUUAUUCAAGGGUGGAAAACCAUCAGCGGCCACGGCGAUCCAGCCUCAAAAGAGGGUCUAGCCGUGCAUAUCUAUGCCGCCAAUUCACCAAUGAUCAACAAAGCAUUUUGCAACAAUGACGGCGACCUUCUAAUCAUCCCCCAGGAGGGACGCCUGGAUAUUCAGACAGAGUUCGGGCGCAUGAUGGUUCGCUCGGGUGAGCUAGUUGUAAUCCAGGCCGGUAUGCGAUUCGCAGUUACCUUGCCAGAUGGCAUUGCUCGAGGAUAUAUUCAAGAGAUCUUCGGUAGCCACUACGAGCUUCCAGAGUUAGGCCCGGUCGGAUCUAAUGGCAUGGCCCUUCCCCGUGACUUCGAGAUCCCAACCGCCAGUUUUGACAUCCACCAGUCCAAGUGGGACAUUGUCGUGAAGUUGAUGGGAAACAUGUUUGUCUACGAACAGCAUCAUACCCCUUUUGAUGUCAUUGCCUGGCAUGGAAACUACGCUCCAUAUAAAUACGCCUUGGAAAAGUUCAUCAACACUGCUACCGUCAAUCGAGACCAGAGCGACCCUUCCAUCUACUGUGUGCUCACAGCGAAAUCAAAGCGAGCGGGAGUGGCCUUGUCCGAAUUUUUAGUUUUCACACCGAAAUGGAGUGUCACGCAUGAUACCUUCCGACCGCCAUAUUAUCAUCGGAAUGUCGCGACAGAGAUCAUGGGUAUGAUUCACGGAACGUGGUCGGGCUCUGCUACCCCCUUGCAUCCCGGGAGCCUCACCUAUGAACCAAGCUAUAUGCCACAUGGAGAGUCCUACGAGCGAUGGAAAGAAGCAGCCAGUAUGGAUUUACAGCCUCAGAGGGUCGGUGAAGGGGCCAUGGCAUUCAUGAUGCAUAUUUCAUCGCAUGUCUCCUUGACAGAAUACGCACUCGAGCGCAGCGGAAAACUACACCACCAACCGGACGAAUUCUGGAAUGAUUUCAAGGGUGGGUUCAUGGAUCAUUUGGAAGAAGUUGAUGCAGAUUUAAAAGCUGCUGGUCGACCCGGUUUGGGUGUGGAGCAUCCAGAUGUCACGAAUAAGCUGGAGAGUGAAGAAAAUUCCUAG